GAAGAGGGUACAAAAAGCACACGGCCGGACAGUACUGUUAAAACAUGGUUAAUUGUGACCGAAUCCUCUUUUUGUUUUAUUAAUGUCAUAUUACAAGCAUCACUAACCAUAAUGCAAACAGUAAUGCAUAUAUGUACGCACUGGGACAUAAAGGACCACAGCAAACUACCAUACCCAACCUUUGUCAAAACAUUGUAGGAUUGGUUUGGUGUCCUUUUCCAAAGCACACAGGGUGUCUCAGCUUGAUGUCACCCACCAUGACAAAUAAAGACCUUAAUAUAUGAAUGUAGAAUUCUCUCAAACAGCAGUGAUAAAACAGAACCUCAUCCUCAACACUGCAGCUGAAAAAUUAAGAGAUCAGCAUGGCCUGCAUGUGGCGCAAGAAUGGCGGUUGCGGCAGCAGCGGGAAGAAGCUGCCGCCGGACGUGCCAAGAGGUCACUUGGCGGUGACGGUAGGAGAAGCGAAAAAGAGGUUUGUGAUAAGAGCUGACUACCUGAACCAUCCGCUGCUUCAACAACUUUUAGACCAAGAAGCAUAUGAAGGAAAUGGCUUCAACAAGAGUGGUCCUCUAGCUAUACCUUGUGAUGAGUUCCUAUUUGAAGACAUUCUUCACUCCCUUCGCCGUUCUUCUUCUUCUUCCCAUGUGCCUACCAAGAAGCUAGAUUUGAGCUUGUCCAAAGACUCUGUUUCACUACUUCAAGGCUUUGAUUGCAAAAGGAUAAGCAACAACUACAAGCAUUAAGAAUUUAGCAGUUAUUGUAGCUACUCUCUCUUUCACUUUCAUCAAUCGCUCACAUUCAAGAUUGUCCAAGUGUAGUUCUUAAGUCUUAACAACCACCAUGUUAGAUUUACAAAUGAAAUAAUUCAACUUGUUCAGAUUGCUACCUACCCCUUUUCUUCUAUAUUUAUAGCCAUUUUCACGUACCUUAACAUGUAAUGAUGCGUAUAUGCGAGUUUUUUUUUAUGAUAUCUUUUAAUUUUCCAAGGUAUCCCCACAGGGCCACAGUCAGC